AUGAGGCACAUAUUGGUGCUUCACUUCACUUCAUUUGUUUUAACCGCUGCCGCUGUCAAUAACAGCAUCAAUGGGUCUCAACCUCACAAGCUGAUCAUCGGCUUCCAGGCUCCCUGGAAUAUGUCGUUCCCCUUCAGUGCCCUGCGGCUGGGCUCGGCCCUGCAGGUGGCCGUGGAGAAGGUGAACACGAAUCCCUCCUUCCUGGGCAACUACAGUCUGGAUUUUGUGUACAUAGAUACAGAAUGUAAUCCCAAAAUUUCCCUUGGAGGAUUUAUUCACCAGGUGUGGAAAGAAAACGUGUCUGCUCUGUUUGGUCCAGCGUGUCCUGAAGAAGCCGAGGUCACCGGUCUCAUUGCGUCCACGUGGAACAUCCCCAUGUUCGGCUUUGUGGGACAAUCCUCCAAAAUGGACAACAGCGAUAUUUACGACUCCUACAUCAAAAUCGUGCCUCCUCUCAAGAGAAGCUCGGAGGUCCUGAUGAAGACCUUGGAGUUCUUCGGGUGGAGUCACGUGGCGAUGAUCGGGGGCGGAUUAGAUUCAAACACUUGGGACAAAGUUGACGCUUUGUGGAAAACCAUUGAGAAUCCUCUGAGAGCCAAAUUCAAACUCGCUGCCACGGUCAAGUUCGAUACCAGCAACCCUCAGCUCAUUUAUCGAAACGUUAAGUACAUCGCAACAGUCGCCAGAGUCAUCGUGGUGCUAACAAACAAGGAGGACUCGAUGGCUCUGUUGCUGGAGGCUGAGCGUCAGGGACUGAUGAACGGUGACUAUGUGUUCUUCCUGGUGCAGCAUUUUGAGGAUAACUUAUGGAAAAAUUCCCUGAACACCAGGAUUAACCAAGACGCCAUCAGAGCUUUCGACAUGGUCUUCGUGAUUGGCCAGAAAUCCUACGAAGGCUACGAGUACUACGACUUCUUUGAGCAAGUUUUUGAACGACUAAAAGGACCUCCAUUCAGGAGCAACCUGACAUCCGAAAGAGAGAUCAGCCCUUACUCUGCCUAUCUGCACGAUGCAGUGCUGCUUUACGCAAUGGCACUGAAGGAAGUCCUCAAAGAUGGAAAAGACCCUCAUGACGGACGGCAGCUGCUACAGAGAUUAAAGAAUAAAAACGGCAUUCGGUUUUAUGGUGCGUCUGGACUAGUCCACUUUGACGACGAGGGGGAGAGAAACGUGGACUACUCCAUUUAUGACUUGCAGCAUGCAGGAGACGUCACAAAGUUUGUCCCCGUCCUCCAUUAUGACGGUCACACCAAAGCUGUCCGGCCGACGUCUACGUUUGCUUCUGUAGUCUGGCCCAAAGGAAGACCACCUUCUGAUAAACCAGAGUGUGGUUUCAAUAACGAACUCUGUGAAUGGUUGACUAACGACAUCGCCCUGCUGGCUCUGCUUGUGACCUUCCCCGUUAUCGGCAUUCUGGCAGUUUUGUGCAUCGGCGUCCUCGUCCUGCAGAAACUACGACUCCAGACGAGCCUCGAUGACUCGUGCUGGUGGCUGAUCAACUACAGCGACAUCACCAUCAUCAGAGAGUCCACAGGAAAUCAGGGUUUAUCUUUGUCCACCACUGCCAGUCACAGCGGGAGCGGCAGCUCUCAAUCCAAUUUCUCCAACAACAGCUAUGGCCUGAGGGACAAGACGGGGAAAGAACAUGUCUACAGCACCAUAGGUCUCUACCAGGGAAAUCAAGUGGCCAUCAAGUACAUGAAGAACCAAGUUGGCACUAAUUUCCAGAGACCUUCAAUUAUCGCAGAGUUCAAUGUGAUGAAAGAGAUGAAACAUGAGAACUUGGUGCAGUUCUUUGGUGUUUGCAUCGAGUCACCGAACGUCUGUUUGGUCGUCCAGUACUGCAGAAAAGGCAGUCUGAAGGAUAUUCUAAGGGCUUCAGAUGUCGAGCUGGACGGGAUGUUUAAGCUCUCCUUUGCUUACGACAUUGUUAAUGGAAUGGAGUUUAUUCACAAAAGUAACCUGAAGUUUCAUGGGAACCUGAAGCCCAGCACAUGUCUGGUGGAUAGUCGACUCCAGAUAAAACUCUCUGGCUUUGGGCUGUGGGAGUUUAAAUACGGGGGCAAAAACAAGAUAAUGCCACUGGAAAACCCCAAUUAUGAUGAGAUGUAUUGGACGGCUCCUGAGCUUCUGAGACAAGUCGGCGUCCUGGUCAAUGGAACGCCCAAAGGUGACGUCUACAGCUUCGCCAUCAUCAUGUGGGAACUCUUAUACAACUCCAAAGCGUCCCCAUAUCAUGACAUCAGCCUGGAACCCAAAGAGAUCAUCAUGCAGUUGCGGACGCCUUUUCAAGGGGAACCCCUCCGACCAGCGCUGUGUGACCAGCUGUGUGAUGAGAACAUCAACGCACUGCUGAGGGCCUGUUGGAGUGAAAACCCUGACCAACGACCACCAUUUGGGUCUAUAAGGAGACAGCUGAAGGACACCAGUCCAGACAGUCAUGCAAACAUCCUGGAUAAUAUGGUGGAUAAGUUGGAGAAAUAUGCAAAUCACCUUGAGGAGGUGGUGGAGGAGAGGACCAAUCAGCUCACAGCAGAGAAGACCCGUGCAGACAAGCUUCUCUCCAGCAUGUUACCAAGGUACAUUGCAGAUCAGCUGAUGUCAGGGAAAUCAGUGGAGCCGCAAAGCUACGAAUUAGUGACCAUCUUCUUCUCUGACAUUGUGGGCUUCACCUCCAUGUGCUCCGUCAGCUCCGCGAUGGAGGUGGUGACGUUCCUCAACGACCUCUACAGCCUCUUCGACGACAUUAUCAAGCAGUACGACGUCUACAAGGUGGAAACAAUCGGUGAUGCAUACAUGGUAGCCAGUGGUCUACCUAUCAGCAACGGUAAUAAGCACGCUUUGGAGAUAUCUACGAUGGCUCUGCAUUUCCUGAGUGCCAUCAAGGUCUUCAAAAUCCGCCAUAUGCCGGUUGAGAACCUUGCAAUUCGCAUUGGGAUACACUCCGGUCCAGUGGUUGCUGGAGUUGUAGGUACCACUAUGCCUCGCUACUGUCUCUUUGGUGACACGGUGAACACGGCCUCUCGCAUGGAAAGCAACAGCUUACCCCUGAAGAUUCACAUAUCUCAGUCUACUGCUGACAUUCUCGUCCAGGCUGGAUCGUUUGAGCUGGAGGAAAGAGGGGAAAUUGAAAUGAAGGGUAAAGGGUGUCAUAAGACCUACUGGCUGCUGAGCAAACAGGAAUUUAAUCCUCCUCUUAUUGCUCACAACUCACCACCAGCUGACAGUCUCAAAGUACAAACAGAGAAACUAGGAACGACCAGAGCUACUGAGAAAAAGGCCCAUAAGACUCUACCCAAGGCUCACAUCACAGACGGCAUGACUACAGUGCACAUUUAAAGAAAACAAAGUGGCUAUUCUGAUUUUAUUUUGGAUGAAUCAACAGGAAUGUGUGACCUGACAGAAUGCAGAACAAGUUUGUUCCCUUCACUGAAGGAGGAGGAGGAGGACUGGAGGCAAAAUGCGGGGAAGAGAAAAUAUGAAAAGCACUGGCUUUGUUGAGACGCAAACGAUUAUAUUUUUGAAAGGGGUAAAGAUACUUUUAAUCUCAUCCCAUCCUUUUACACAUGAUAAAAAUACUGAUUGUUUAAAUUCAAACUGCUCUCAUUUGAGUUUAUG